GCUGGGGGGGGGGGAGGAAAAAAAAACAGCAGCAUCCUCAUCAGCAGCAGACGCCAGCGACCAGGAAGCGCCCAAAGGUAUGAUUCAGUCCUGAUGGCACACUCUGAGCUGUUUGAGACGUUAGCGCCCCCUGUGGAAGGGAGGUCUGUGGAGCUAGAUGUUCUGAGCUUCUUGGACUCGUUUGGAGACGGAAACAGCACGGCUGAGAGAUGCUACCGCUCACACUCCCGCAGCAGCGUCCUACAGGGGCUUCCGUUUGGAGGGGUGCCCACGGUCCUCGCCAUUAAUGUGGUGCUCUGGAUGUUCCUGUUGCUUAUCUUCUCCUGUUUGAGGAAGGCUGCAUGGGACUACGGUCGCCUGGCUCUGCUGAUGGAGAACGACAGUCUCACCUCCCUGUUUUAUGGAGAACCAAGUGAGAAAGAGAAGUCUCCCUCUGAGUCCAGCCCCUCUGACUCUGACACCAAGGACAUGGGUUUCUGCUCCUGGCUCUCAUCACUUUACCAAAUGAAGGAUGAAGAGAUCCGUAGUAAAUGCGGCGUUGAUGCUGUAACAUACCUGUCCUUCCAGCGCCACAUCAUCCUGCUCAUGACGGUGGUUUGCCUGCUGUCUUUGGCCGUUAUCCUGCCGGUCAACUUUUCCGGGAACCUCCAGGGAGACAGUCCUGAGAACUUUGGAAGAACAACACUGGCUAAUGUUAACGCAAAGGACAGCUUUCUGUGGCUCCACAGCGUUUUUGCUCUGGUCUACUUCAUCAUCACAGUGCUGUGUAUGGCUCACCACUCCAUACGGCUGGAGUACAGAGAGGAUGAGAAGGUAGCCAGGACGCUGAUGAUUACCUGCAUACCAAGAGAGAUCUCUGACCCAGGACUCAUCACCAAACAUUUUCAUGAGGCCUAUCCCAGCUGUACUGUCAAUGACAUCCGUUUCUGCUUUGAUGUCCACAAGCUGAUGAGGCUGGACUUAGAGAGGCGCAAGGCGAUGAAAGGAAGGCUAUACUUUGCCACAAAGGCCCAGAAGGAGGGGAAGAUCAUGAUCAGGACUCAUCCUUGUGCUCAGAUCUUCUGCUGUGACAUCUGUGGCUUUGAAAAGGUGGAUGCCGAGCAAUACUACAGCGAGUUAGAGGAGAAGCGCACGGACGAGUUUAACGCUGAGAAGAACCGCAUCACCAUGAAGAGGCUAGGCAUUGCCUUUGUGACUUUCCGUGAUGAGAGGAUGACUGCUGUCAUUGUGAAGGACUACAGUCGUGUGCACUGCCGCCACAAACCCCAGCAGUCCAGCAUCACCACCGUGGUGCAGUCACAGAAGUGGGGGGUCAGCUACGCACCUGCUCCCAGUGACAUUAUAUGGGAGAACCUGUCAGUGUGCGGUUCUCGCUGGUGGCUCCGCUGUGUCCUCCUCAACAUCCUCCUCUUUCUGCUCCUCUUCUUCCUCACCACUCCUGCCAUCAUUGUCAACACCAUGGACAAGUUCAACGUCACAAGGCCUGUGGAGAGUCUGCAGAGCCCGGUCAUUACCCAGUUCUUCCCAACCCUCCUGCUGUGGGCGUUUUCCGUGCUCCUGCCCUUCAUCGUCUACUACUCAGCCUUCUUUGAGUCCCACUGGACCAGGUCAGGGGAGAACCAAGUCACAAUGCACAAGUGUUUUUUACUGCUGGUCUUCAUGGUCAUCAUCCUGCCCUCGCUUGGUUUAUCCAGUCUUGACCUGUUCUUCACAUGGCUCUUUGAUGUGAACUUCCUGGAUGAAAAAGAAGUCAAAUUCCAGUGUGUGUUUCUUCCGGACAACGGUGCAUUCUUUGUAAACUAUGUCAUCACAUCCAGUCUGAUCGGCACUUCUAUGGAGCUGCUUCGUAUCCCGGGGCUGACGGUGUACGCCCUCCGACUCUGCUUUGCCAAGUCCCAGGCCGAGCGCAUUCACGUUAAAAGGAGUCAGGCCUACGAGUUCCAGUUUGGCCUGGAGUAUGCCUGGACCAUGUGUAUAUUUGCAGUCAGUAUGACCUACAGCAUCACAUGUCCCAUUAUUACUCCCUUUGGUCUACUUUAUGCGAUCCUGAAGCAUAUGGUCGACAGAUACAACAUCUACUAUGCAUACGUUCCUACCAAACUCAACCAGAGGAUCCACAGAGCAGCCAUCAGCCAGGUCAUCGUGGCUCCAAUCUUCUGCAUGUUCUGGCUGCUCUUCUUCUCUGUGCUCAGACUAGGUCCAGUGCAUCCCAUCACCCUCUUCACCUUCAUAUCCCUGCUCUCCUCUGUUGCCUUCUCCCUCUUCCGCUUGUGCCUUAGGAAGCAUCCAGACAAAUCAACAAGCUACCAGAUGUCCGAUCAGCCAGCAGAGGGGACGUUCACCGAUGCAGACAGGAGUACUGUAACAUCCACCACUGCCUCCAGUCUCUUUGUGGCGACCGUGCUCCUGGAGCCAGAGCUGGCUUUGACCCCCAUGCCCUCCCCUGCACACCACAGCUACGGCGCCAUGGCCAGUUCACAGAGUUCAAGCCAUGGCCCAGCGGAGGAAGAGGAGUGCGAAGAAGACCACGCCCAGACCCAUGAAACUGAGCUCCAAGACCCUCCAGAACCCUACUGCUCCAGCCCACUCAUGGACAGCCCAGUUGGCUACCAGUAACACUAAAUCCCCCUAAUCUAAUUUACCCUAUCCUUCACUGGGGAACACAGAUUGCUGAAGGCUACACUGCUGCAUUUUUGCCACUGAGCUUCGACUCCAACUAAGCUGCCUGGGACCCUGAGAAUAGAUUGGGCUUGUCAGAGAGGAUGAAGAACAGGACGAGGAAAGAUGCUUAAAAAUACAGAAAGCAGACAAAAAAACGUCAAAUUAUCAGCCAGGAGUUUUCAAAAAAAUCUCCUAAACCUGAACACAAACUUCAACCCUGAGAUAGAUACAUGCACCCUCAAUGUACAGAUUAUUUUGGUUAAACUGUUGAAUGAUCCAGGAGAGGGUUUUACUUGCUUCUAAGGCUUCAUUUGCAAACUAGAAAAUAUUUAAACUAAUCAAAGUGACAGGGGAAGAAGCUCCUUUGGGCUGCCAUCAGAGAUACUCUGUCCAUGCGGUGCCACUUGGACAUGAGUGGAGGUGAAAGUUCCCAUCAGAGUGGGUGGUGUGAGCAGGCUCGCCCUGGCAGACUGACACCGCGGUCUGGGCACGGGUGAUUUCUGGUUCCUCUACGGCAGAGCUCGGGGAGGCUGAGGGUGAGGGCAGCUAGUUGUGAAGCCAUCUGCAGUGAGAGGGCAGACAGACGGAGGGCCGAAUGUAACUCAGAGACGCGCUGUAAUUUAUGUCCACGUUCUCCGAGGAGGCACAAGCAGCUUGACCGUACCUGCAGCUUGAUGUAACUAUUAUCAAGUUGAAGUUGCUAUUUUUGCUACGGUAUUUUGUGGUGUCGUUGAUGUUGUGCUUUUGGUUUUGGGUUGGGGAACUGCAAAAUGGUCAUGGAUUUACAGAGCUGUGUAUUCAAUCCAACUCCCUUUGUAUUUAUUUUAAACUUAAACUUAAAUUGUAAAAUGUUUAACAUUUUCAAUGAGUAAUUUGUUGUCUUGCCAAGAGUUCAAUGAAAGGUUGACAACCACUCUUGUUCCUCUAUAGUAAAUAUGAAGCUACAGCUCAUAGCUCGCAGCCCAUUAGCUUAGCAUAGCAUAAAAACAGGUUGUAAUAUUUACAGUCUAUGGUUGAAACAGGCUGCCUAGGGCCAGAAACACAAAUAAGCCCUGUGAGUUAUUACUACAUUCUGGAUCUAAUUGUCUUUCAAGGUGUCCUGUUGGGACUACAAGAGAAAGCCAGGCAAGCUUUUCCCCCAUUUCCAGUCUUUACGCUAAGCUAACUGAGCUAACCGGCUGUUUACAGUAAACCUAACAAAACAUUUAGCCGACAAUAUGGGCAUGGUAUGAAUCAUCACAUCCAUCUCUCUGCAAGAGAGGAAAGAAGUUUCCUUCUGGCAAUUAAGAACUAUUCAUAUUGUUAUUCUAUUAAAAUCUUUAUUUAACCAGGAAAAGCUCACAAGUUCAAUGAGCCAUUACAACUUUGGAAGCACAAGCCUCGUUUUUCUCUCACUGCGAGACACCAUCAUGAAAAUCUCCAGAUGUUUCCCUUUAAUGUAAGAAAAGUCUGAAAGUGAUUGUGUUACUUCCAAUGUCAUUAAAAUGAAAAAAUGUUUAGAAGCAGAAAUAUUAUAAAAAUACCCUUUCCAUGAUGGCUCACACAUAUUUAUGUUUUAUAUAUCUGACAAGUGUUGGUGAAAUAUGAUUGUGCUAAAUUACUUUAAUUUUGGUUCCAAAUAUAAAUACAAAAAGUCCAAUUUGAUCAUCACCAUGCUGUAUCUGUAUGAGGAUGUCAGUUGCAUUGCCCUAUUCUGUGUGACACUAAAAUGCAUGUCAACUAUUCUACAUUGUAUAAAUGAGCAUUCAUAUCUUCAUCCUUGAGGUCCAGUGUCACGUGUACUAAACUUGCUUUUUAGUCUGUGUUUGCGAGUGUGUGUAUGUGUGUGUUUGGGAGUUGUGUAUUGUGGGUCAUUUUGACUUCCUCUGGAUGACUCUGAAUGGAAACUGAUUGUGGUUUGUAGUCCUUCGUGUCUCUUGCUGUGCCUUUAACAAUCACUCCCUUUUGUAAGACAAUCCAGCAUGGCCCGGAAUAUGCUGCAUGGACUGAAAACUAAAGAGUAGGGAAACAACAAAAAGAUGAAACCAACCUGAUAACAAACACAAAACAAACCCAAGCAGUAAUUUUCAAUCAGUGGUGAUGUUUUCCAUUCUUACAUUUAGUCCUCAAAGCCCUCAGCUCCUUCCACUUACAUCUUCACCCAGCAUCCCAGUGGUAACUUUUCUGGGGCUUUCUACCAAAUCACAGACUUCAUGAUUUUGUGAUGGUUACUGAUCUGUCGAUGCCCAAACCCUCCUCAGUUCUUUGCACGUUUAGGAUUCUACUUCUUCACCUUGGAAAAGAAGUUCAGUAGACAAUCUGCACCUGCAACUUAUUAGCUUUUAAUGAGAUUUUAAGAAUAAACUGUAACAGGAAGCUUGUACUGCAACAUAGACAUGUGUAGUAGUCCUAAGAAUCAGAGUAAACUAGAAAGUUUGAACAUUUUCAGAUGAAUGACUGGUGGAGGAGCUAACAUCGUCUGCUGAUGAAAACAAUGUCAUAAGAGCAAAAGCUCAAGAAAAAGCUAGCAAGUUGACCUUGAGUAGUUUUUUUUUACAUUCAAGCACUUUCAAUCCAAACACGAGGCUCACUCACAGCAUUUCUUUACAUUACAGCGUUUCUGUAGGUUUUUUUAAAGCAUACAUUGUGGCCUGUCUGUGCCUUGUUCUUUAACUCAAUCCAUAUUUUUCAGUUCACCUGCUGUAUUCUUCUUUUUACAGAUCAUUUAUGUUACAUUGAUCAACGUUUUAUUUUAAAGUUUAUUCUGUCAGUUCUUUUGUCUUUUUUUGAUUUACUGACAUGUUUGAAUUCUAGUGACAGUGAUGCAUUAAAUCAUCUCUCAGAGGAGGCAAAAAUGUUCUUCCUGCUUUGAAGAGUGAAUUUGAAUAUUGUUUUGUGUUUGAAGUAGACUUAAUUGUCAUUUUCCCAAAUUGAUGGAAUAUUAUUAUAUAAAAUUUUAUUUAUUUGUUCCAUUUUACAGGAAUUAUACCCAAGCUGCUCGUGCUGCAUUAAACACAUGGAAGCUGGCAGUAAAGUGAGUACGAAGUGGUCAGUUCAGAGAAUUCAGAAGUCCUGUAUAUUCGGUUAAAAAAAAAAAAACAUCAAAGAGCCUCUCAGAGUUUCUUUCUCUUUGCCAACAUAUCCUGUGGUUUUCUCUAGGAGACGCUUGUUUCACAGAUCAUUAAACACACUUUCCUUUGAAAUAUACUAAUAAAAAUUAUUAGGGUAUUUUUAGUUCUAAUGGCCCUGCAAGGAUGGAUUGUCCAUUUGAUGCUUACCUAGUUUUAUUGUGUCCUGUCGUGUCUGUUGACAUUCAUUCAGCUUGACUCUCUGAGGUUUAGUCUGUGCCACACGAGCUUUCCAGACAUGUCAACUGUGUUUUGCUCUUUGUUUUUUUUAUUGUGUGUAUCAUGAGUAGCCUUCUCGAUGUCAUAUAUGAGCAGCCCACUGCUUAGGUUGUUUGAUCUCUGAGAAGAAGGUUGAGGUUGGGGAAUGGUCUGCGUUUCAGAUUGAUCUCUGUCAGGCUAACGAGUUUUCAUCUGUUCAAAGUGAAGUGCUGUGAUCUGAAAUUAAAACAAAUUCAUCCCAGUCCA